CCCAGAGAGGGAGGGAGAACAGCGCUACGUCAAACGUUAGCAAAGUCUGUUUUUAAAAUAAUAUUAAGCUUAAUGUAUUAAUUUCUCGCUUUAUUACGGAAUACUUUAUUAGUGUUACUCAGUGGGAUUAUUCGCGCUAUAUUAAGGAUGCCUACUGUGAAGUACCAGAACGGGGACAGGGUGAUGGGCCGCUGGCCCGGCAGCAGCCUGUACUAUGAUGUCAAGGUGCUGAGCUUUGAUACCAAAAGUCAGCUCUACACGGUCAUCUACAAGGAUGGUACUGAACUGGAGCUCAAGGAGCAGGACAUCAGGAGCGCUGUUGGUUUCCAGACCCGAUCACGCUCCCGUUCUCGUUCUCGAUCACCGGGCCGUCGUCGCAGCCGGUCACGCUCCCCAGCAAGGACCACACGGCGCUCCUCCCGCACAGUGGCAGCUGCAGCUAUAGAGACUGCACCGUCCUCCCGCCGGGAUACAAAGCUGAAGGAUCCAGUUGAAGUCAGGCUCACUCCCCUGCCACAGACAAAGGCAGCUGAGAACAAUACCAACAAUCAGCAUGAAAAGGCAGAGGAGAAUAACACUGCUAACAAAGUAAAUGAGACAUUGGAGGCUAAGAAUGAAGGAGAGCCUGAGAAGAACCAGGGCCGCUACAAUCUGCGCCGCAGGAGGGACGAUGUAGAUGCCAAAGCAGAUGCGGCCAAACCUGAGCAGCCGGAGGAGGAGGCGGUCAAGCUGACUGCAGCUCCAGCUGCUGCUAUCUCCACCCCUCUCGACUUUGGAGGGAAGAUAGGAGCAUACUUCUGGCUUCUCUUCCUGCCUGCCUGGGUUCUCUUUGUGAUACUCCAAGUCAACCUGGAGGACCCCAGCCUGACCAACUUCCCCCCUCCUGUGCCCCCUUUUGAGUCGUUCUGGGAUGCUCAGGCUCUUGGCCUUGUCAUCCUGUGGAUCUUAUUCCAGGCCCUGCUUUACAUCCUGCCUGUUGGAAAGCUGAGUGAAGGCAUGCCACUGAGGUCUGGGGAGAGGUUGAAGUACAGAACCAAUGGUUUCUUUGCCAUCGCAGUGAGUGCUGUAGUAGUUGCAGCAGCAGUCCAUCAGGGUAUCGAUCUCACCUACAUCCACAGCAACUUCCUGCAACUUGCCACGGCAACCCUCCUCAUCUCCGUCCUGCUCAGCGUCUACCUGUAUGUCCGCUCUCGAUACGCCACCCAAGACCAACUGGCACUGGGGGGAAACUCCGGUAAUUUGAUGUAUGAUUUUUUCAAAGGAAGCGAGCUCAACCCCCGCAUCAAAAACUUUGAUUUGAAGUUCUUCUGUGAGAUGCGCCCUGGACUGAUUGGCUGGUGUUUUAUCAACUUUGCGAUGGCGCUGGCAGAGAUGAAGCAGCAGGGUCUGGAUGCACCAUCCUACGCAAUGAUCCUGGUGAACCUCUUCCAGCUGCUCUACGUGGUGGACGGCCUGUGGAAUGAGGAGGCCAUUCUGACCACCAUGGACUUGAUGCACGAUGGUUUUGGCUUCAUGCUGGCAUUUGGUGAUCUGGUGUGGGUUCCUUUUACUUACACCCUUCAGGCCUAUUACCUGGUCAGCCACCCAAACCCAUUGGGCCCACUAGCGCUUGCAGUCAUCAUUGCACUCAAACUCAUUGGCUUCUACAUCUUCAGGAAAUCCAACUCUGAGAAAAAUAAUUUCAGGAGAAACCCAUCAGACCCCAAACUGUCCCAUCUGAAGACCAUCCCCACAGCCACAGGGAAGAGUCUGCUGGUGUCAGGCUGGUGGGGCGUGGUCCGCCACCCUAACUACCUGGGAGACCUCAUCAUGGCUCUGGCCUGGUCACUACCUUGUGGCUUCAGCCACCUCCUGCCGUGGUACUACAUGAUCUACUUCAUCAUCCUGCUCGUGCACCGAGACUCUCGCGACAUGAGUGAGUGCAGGAGAAAGUACGGCUCGGCGUGGGACGAGUACUGCCGAACUGUUCGUUACCGGAUCAUUCCACGCGUCUACUGAGGGACCCAACACUGGACACUCCCGAGUUGAGGCCUUUUUUCAACCCAAUAUUAUGACUGAGGGCCCACAAACAAACCCAAAUAUGAAUGGAUUGAAUUAUUUUACUUUUUAGAAUUAUUUUACUAUGUUUAAACCACGAAUUUAAAAAAAGAAAAAUAUUAAUUGUGGACUGAAGAAGCUGCAUAAUAUUUCAUGAAUAUUUUUUAAUGAAGAAAAACGGGACUUUCAUUGGUGUCAAGAACUGUUUGAAGAAUUGCCUUUUUAAUACAAAAUACAAUACAAAAAAAAGAUAUACUUCAAAAGUUUACAAAAUGGAGAAAAAAACUGAAAAACGCCUCUGCUAGGAAUGUCUUGUUAGGAUGUAUAUUUUUGUAUAUAAACAUUUGUUUUUAUACUUCCAGAAAAAACUCACCACUUGCAUAAUCUUUUUGUUAAGUUUUAUUCUUUGCUCCCAAUUCAAAAUGUUACAAUAUCAGCUUGGCUUUUAUGAGUAAUUUUGUAAGUACGCCUUCCUAUUAUAAUUAUACUGCUUGUGUAUAUUGUGAAGGAUGGGAUUUAAAUGACCUGUACAGUGGAACUAGGACUCAUGUUCUUUCUCAGGACCUAGGACUUUGUCAGAAAGUUGAAUUAGAAAAGUUUUGUUUUGAUAAUUACAGUAUUUUGUGUAUAAUUCUAUAUAGAUAUCUAGUUUUUAACUUGAGAGUGUAAAAUUAUUUUUGAGGUUUCAAGAAAAAAAUGCACUAAUGUGGUAAGGCUUUUUUUUUCUUAUAUUAUCAAUUCCAAAGUGUAUUUGAUUAGGCUUUUGCUACCUCAGGUUCACUCACUGUCCAUCUCUUCCUCCUUUGUGCCCUCUGGGAGGCAGUGUGUGUAAUUAUGAGUGUGCUGUCACUGCAGAAGAAAGCUAAAUGAGUUGUUUCUCAUCACAAUAAUGUUAGUAUCCGUUAUGAACAAGUGGCACCCAUCCACAUCACAGACGUCAUGCUUUUAGAAUGGAAUUCCCAACUACUUGUGUUUUUGCCCUUAAUUGUUUGCUGCAUUUCUGUGGUGCUGAUGAGACUCUGUAUUUUUGUCCUGCUAGUUUCCAGAGCACAUUUUGCUAUUAUGAACUUAUUUUCCCACCACUGCCACAUGGAUUUGGUUGCUAUCUACGUAAGCUUUAACUAGCCAGGUCAUAUGACAAUGACUAUUUUUGAUGAAGUUUAUACUGUGACAACAUGCAGAGCUGUUAACUGUGUUAGCAUUUACGACCUGUGCAUUUGCAAACCCAAAUCAGUAUUUUUAUGCCCAUGCAGCUAUAGAUGAGUACAUACGUAGCAAUACAUUAACUAGACUAGGUAGCAUUUUUUUAUGCUGUGCUGACUGAAUACCAUGUAAAUAUCAGCAUUUGUUUUUCUUUCUAAUGUGCAGUGUCUUGGAUUCAGUGGCAUCUAGUGGUGGGGUUGGAGAUUGCAACCAAAUGAAAAUAAUUUAUAUAUAUUUGCAUAUUCACAGAUUGUGGAAUAUUUAAUGAGAGAGUGUGUGUAUGACAUUUAAAGGAUUUUAAAGUGGAAGAGAACACUCUUCCCCAUGUAGAUAUAAAGGGCUCAUUUUAAGGUAAUGAAAACUAUUCUUAUUUUCAGGUGAUUACACAACAAUGAAAACAUACUUGUGAAUAUAAUUCAAUUUCUACCAAGUCUGCUUCUGCUAGAUACCACUGAAUUCUACACACUAGACAUUUAAAUCACUUUAUUUUGGGUAAAAGAAGUGGGAGUAGUAAUUCUAGUAAGGUUUUCAGUAGAUGUUUAAUGUUGCUUUUUCUUUGACUAUUUUUAAAAAGUUGACUACCUAAUUUUGACCACUGUAGUUAUGUUUACACAUAGAUCUGCCAUGUUUCUGGACAGUGCUUCAAAGUGUAUCAAAACAAUUGUAAAAUGUUCUGUUACUCUUUUCCUGAUUUCCUGAAAAGUUUCAUACUUGAGAUGCCACCAGGACACAUUAUGAUUCCCCCUGACCUCCACCCCACUUCUUUAAUAUGGUGGUAAACUUCUCUCCUUAGGUUGGCAGUCUGUUAGUGGAAAGCAAUACGUUGUACUUUGAUAUAUGACAACAAUGAAUGAGAAGUUAACAGGUCCAGCAGUCUGUCAGUGAGGAUGCAUCAGAUGUGUGACAGUGGCUGGAAGGAGCUUAUCUGUACAAAUGUCGCAGCAUAAAAUAAAGAUUUACAG